GGCGGCCUAGCAGUGAUGCAUUGAUGUUCGAUGCGUCACCAGCGCUUGAAAAGCAGAUAAGUAUAAACGACAAUUGAAUCAGACGGCAUACCAGCACUCUUUACCCCACGAUCAUCAAUUUCCUACUCAACACUUUCAAUAUGUCAGACACCGGCUUUUCACAAAUUAUCAAUCAUCCUCAAUACUUCAUCCCCACAGGGGACACUCAAUUUUUAGCGCAAAACGUGCUUUUCAAAGUACAUCGUUAUUUCUUCGAGCGCGAACCAAGCUCUUUCAGAGAAAUAUUUUCCGAUAGUGCUAACACCAAGCCUUAUACAUUGGAUGUCAAACCUGAAGAUUUUGCCCACUUCCUGUGGGUGUUCUACGACGAAGACUUCGAAUACGAAAACCAGCCACUUGAGAAGUGGCUGGUGAUCUUAGGGCUUGCAACGCGGUGGGGCUUCGGUAAGGUGCGGAAGCUGGUCGUCCGUCAGCUCGAGAAACUCGACCUACAACCUAUCGACAAGAUCAAGAUCUAUUCCGACUUCAGGAUCGAUGCCCAACUUCUAAUACCAUCAUACUCGACAUUGGCAAAGAGUCCCACCCUCCCUCCUCUUUCAGAAGCUGCAAAGCUUGACAUGAAAACGAUUCUCAAGCUCACCAUGGUGAGGGAAAGAGCAUUGCAGAAGGCGGCAGAGGAUGGAUGCCGUUCUCCAACGAGUGCGCACGCCGGGGAUGAAGACGUCAGAAGAUUCAUAUGCGAGAUUUUUGAUCUCCCCCACGCAACCAGCGCCUCAACGACGACUGAGCUACCAGAGACUGCCGCUAAUGGAGGUCCCGCAGGUGGAGUUAAUGACACCACGGGAAGCUCGGUUCCGACAUUGCAGAAUCCCGCGGGAAAGAAGAAGAAGAAUGCCAACGCAAAUGGCACCUCCAACACGAAUGGUCAGCACGCAAAUGGAAGGACGCCCGGAGCCCCCUCCUCCUAGGGUACGCUGCAAGACGUUUUUUG